CAACCCGUCAGAACGGCUCGACGGGCCAAGCAUAUUCUAGAUAAUUAUUUACUUGAUUACUUGACAUCAAAUAUAUCGUAAGCAUAUCCUUAAUUAAAUUCUUGUGACCCCAGUGGAGAUUGGAGCUGGCGACAACACUUCUAUUCCAUAAACACAAUGAUUACAGCAUUACCAGUGCCUUCAGUGAAGGUCUUCCACAAGACCUAUUAUCACGAAAAAGGACAAAGAGUUGGAAAUAGCCAACCAGGAAGUCCCCUAACAGAUAGCGAAGCUGUCGUCACUCUUACAGAAAAAGAUGAACUAGAAUAUUUUUUUUGCGGAAAGAUAAACGCUCUACAUGUCGUGGUUGGUUCCAUACUCUUUGGAGCUGUUCUUCUAAUAGUGGGGUUGGUACAGUUAGCACCAGGUGCAGAGGCUGCGCAAAAUUCAACAGCUCUCAUUGGAGCUGGAUGCACUCUAUUAUCUCUUGGUGCCCUUCUUGCACAAUUAAGAGCACUUUGGCUAAGAAGACAGAAAGCUGCUCAAAAAGAUGGGGCUCAUCAACGAAGUGUUAUGAGUAUAGACAUGCUUUUAGCGCAGGAUAGGGAUUUCACGCUUCUAACACCUGAUGAUUUGGAAGACCUUGUAGAAAAGCCUACUCCAACUAUAGACAACAAGAUUCGCAAGCAAGGUCAUAGCACUUAGACUCCUUAGACUUAAACUAACUGACAUCUUAGAGAGUGUCAUCACUUUAUCAACACUCUCAUUACUUCUCUCAACUUCAUCAACAAUCAACUCUUUUAUUAUUCAUCUGUGUUUGUAUUCAUGUUAAGUCUAGUUUAAGUUCAUUGCCAAGGCUGUUACUUCAAAAAACUGUUAUACCCAUUUUCUCCUUUUUUUACUGCUUUCCUAUUUUUUAAGGAAUUGUUUAUUUAUUUAACUUGAAAGUUAAUGAUGAUACUGUGUAAGGUGAAGCUUGAAAAUUUUAUCUUAUGAAAAAAUGAUCAUGAUAAAAAUAUUAUAACUUUGAAUAUUUUUAAUAUUU